CGCCGACGCACAUCACGAGCGCAAUUCAAGAUACUGGAGAAAGCGUUCCGGGAAAAUCCUAAACCGAGUGCGCGCGUGCGACAUCAGCUAGCGCAACAACUGGAAAUGACCAUGCGAGGUGUUCAGGUCUGGUUCCAAAACCGCCGGGCCAAAGCCAAGCAA